AUGUUGACAACAUUGCUGGUUUACCAUGUGGCAGAUGAGAGUGAGACGCAAAAGGAAAAGGGAGAACUUGACACAGUGGGAGAGGUCAGAUGUAGUAAGAGUAACACAAAAUUUCCCUUGAUUGAAAAUAUAUCGAGGAAGGAUUCUAAGGUCUUAUUGUUCUUGUUUAGGAAGCCAAGGAGGGAAAGAUAUGAGUACAGGAGAGAAGUUGCUCGCAGUGGGGAGUUUGGAGUUUCCCAUGAGGAUAUCCAAUGUCUUUGCCCAAGAAUCCCAAUUUCUGCAAAGGAAAAGGCCAGGUCAAGUGAGGGUCCAUCUGAUGUCCAAAUUUCAGUGGCAUCAACCAUAGUUGACUGCAGGCUGCAGAGGUUCCACAGGCGUUUGAAGCAUUGCAUUGAGAUUUUCAUCCCGUUACAUGAUGACAUCGCAAACCAUGGGUUUUUCUUGGUUAUCAAACUAAGGAGGAAAAUUGCUGAGUUGUGGGAUUGUGUGCCUGAAUGCAUGUCAUUAACCAGACGACUUGAGAUAGCAAAAACUCUGUAAGGGUUGCGUUAGUAAGUGUAGGAUUUCAGUUGUGUUUAUCUGCUCAUUUUGUUUGUUUUUUUAUUUAAAAUUUAGAUGCAUCUGCUACAGAAGGUGUUGUAAGUGCAAUGACAAAGUCUUCGGAUGUUUAUUACAAUUUUCCCUCAUUUCGCAUCUCAUGUCCAGAAGGUAAUCCAACUACAGACAACAAAUAUGACAGUGGUAUCUACAUCAUGAUGAAGAUGAAGUGUUAUUCAGAUAAGUUCUUUGAAGGGGUGCGUUUUUUCUGAUAAAUCCUGUAUGGCACCUGACCAGUUGAUAAUCACUACAAGUUCAUUGGAGUAAUUUAAAUUUUUGCUUGUACGAACCGUUCAAUUCGGAAGAGAUGCGGUCUGCAUUUGCUCUUGAAAUUGUUAAGAAUCCAAACAAUGAACUAUUGAAAUCAGUUAUUGCAGCUGCCGUAAAAGGUAAAGGACAUGAAGAAUGUACUUAUAAUUCUGCAGAGACCACUAAACCGAAUGCGGUUAUUUCCACGCAUUGUGACACAACACUGGGCAUAAUCCGUCAGAGAUAGGUCUGCAGAGCACU